CAGGCCGUGCCCUGGGCUGGCUGCCUGGCCCAGAUGUACUUCUUCAUUGCCUUUGCCAUCACUGACAGCUUCUUCCUGGCUGCCUUGACCUAUGAUCACUAUGCCGCCAUCUGUCACCCGCUGCACUACCCUGUACUCAUGAGCCCCAAGCACUGCCGUGAGUUGGCAGCUGGGGCCUGGACCCUGCCCCACCCCUAUGCCCUGACCCACACCCUCCUCAUGGCCCAACUCAACUCCUGCGGGCAGCCCCGAGUGCCUCACUUCUCCUGUGACACCACCCCGCUUCUGGAGCUGGCUUGCUCUGACCCCCGCACCCCACAGGCUGUCAUAUUUUCCCUAGGAGUCUUGGUGGUGCUGACCCCCAUCACCUGUGUUGUCCUGUCCUAUGCCCACAUCCUUUCCUCAGUACUGCAGGUCCCCUCUGCUGCUGGUAAAUGUAAGGCCUUUUCCACCUGUGGGUCACACCUGGCUGUGGUCACCCUUUUCUACGGGGCCGUCCUUGGGUUGUAUUUCCGGCCAGCCACCAGCUAUGUAGCUCAGCAGGAUAUGGUAGCCAAUGUCUUGUAUGCUGUGGUCACCCCCAUAGUGAACCCCUUCCUCUACAGCCUGAGGAGCACUGACAUGAGGAAAGCUGUGCAGAGGGUAUUCAAGAGGUCUGUCACCCACAGGGGCCAGGCACUACCCUGA